CACUAGUCUAUGAAACAUCGUGGGGAGUGAUACAACUUAAGGAGGGGUCCCCACGCAUCAAGUGUUAAUAAUCAACAUAAGGAUAUAUAUUUCAAAUUAAAACAGAUCUUUAAGACGAGAGUACAUUCGAAAUAGUUGUAUGUAAAUUUAAAGCAUAAUAACUGGGAAAAAACUUAAGUAUAAGAAACUGAUUUUAUUUAAUCAAAGAAGUUAAAAAAAUGUGGAUCCUGCUAUUGUCUUUAGCUUUAACGACAACUUUACCAGUACACGGACAGCAACCACCAUCAAGAUGUGUGUCAAUAUUCGACCAAGGUUUUCGGAAAUGUUUUCGAGAUAUGGGGGGAUUUGAAUUAGAUAUAGUUUUCUCCUUGGUAACAAAUGAAACGAGUGGUAGACUUCCGCCAAAUCUUGCUCCACAGAAACCCAAACUGGUGCAGACAAUAUGCGGGAAUCGCCAAGGAAUAAGCAACUGUAUAACACCGUUGGUGACUAGUGCUGACCCUACCUGUCAGCAGUCCGAUAUAGGUAUGAUGGACGGAACGGUCAACUCUAUGGUCAGUGGUCUCGGAAAUCUCUGUGGAGCUCCAAGCCAAGGUUCGGCAUGUAUGAAAAAUUUCGACACAGGGUUUAGACAGUGUCUGACAAGUAUCCAGAUUAACCCCGACCAUUUCUUCAUGCUGCUUGCCGACCAACCACUACCAACCGGUGUCAGUAAAGAUCAGCUAAAAUCUAAUGCUUGCAGUGAUAAAACAAGGAACAGUUUGAUGCAGUGUGCUACAGGUAUAAUUGGAAAGAUUCAAGCCGACUGUAAACCCCAGGAGACUAUCAUGGUCGGCACAACCCUGCAAAAUAUGAUGGGUGCUUACGAAGGAGUCUGUACAAACAAAUCUAUCAAUCCCGGACAGUGCAUGGCUGCAUUUGAAGAUGGAAUGAACACAUGUGCUCAAAGAACACUCAACAUGGACAUGAAGUUGAUACUUAUGGUGCUCAAUGGUCAGACUCUCCCAGCAGGUCAGGAUGCUGCAGCUCUCAAGAAAUCUGUCUGCGGACAAUGGCAUACACUCGAAAACUGCGGUAAAAGUGUAGUUACACAGGCUGCGGGUUCGAGCACUUGUGGGCGCACUCAGAUGUUGAUGGUGGAAGCCACGUUUGCCAAUAUGAUGAUCACAACAGCCACUUUCUGUGGGGACACUUCAAUCCCAGGCGCAUGCCUUUUGACACUCCAGAAACAGUUCGGUGAAUGUUUUGGUAAAGUUGGUCUUGCCCCAGAAAUUUACCUUAGCAACGCCACAGACCACAAAGGUGCGUUGAUCGGUGCCAACACAGAAGAGGCCAAGGUUUAUUGUAGUAAGAAACACGAUUUGUUUACCUGUAUGCAAGGGGUUAUCCACCAGUGCCCAGGUGCCGAACAGACACUUUCACUGACAGGGUUCGAUCUUCACGGCAUGGAGAGAGCUGUUGGCCUCUUGUGCCACGAUAUUCCAGAUUAUCUUGCCGGACUUGAAUGUUUCGAGAACCCUACCGACAACGCCAAGCAGUGUAUGGAGGAUAUGACCAUGGCUAUUACAGACAUGUCAACCAAACAGAUCACACAGAAACUUGACAUGGAUGGUUUCUUCCAAGACUUUUGCACUGCUCGUGUAAAGCAUGUUGCUUGUGAUUCUAAGUCAUGGCCAUCAUGCGACAAAGCUGCAGUAGAUCUUAAGAAUCAAUUUGAAUGUCAACUAAUUCCAUCAAGGUGCUAUAACUCACACAAAGACAACAUCGACGUAAUCUGCCCUAACACCGAGGUUUACAUCCCUGACGGUGACACUGAAAUGCACGUGCACCAGCAACCACCAUGCGCACAGAAUAUUCAUCAAAGUAUGAACAAAUGUUUCCAGAAAUACAACAUGGAGCCAGAUAUGUUCCUUGUCAACAUUACACACGACAGACGAAACUUUAUGGGCGACGCUGAUAGAGCCAAAUCACUAUGCAUGUCAAAGGACGGCGUGUUUAGAUGUAUGAGGAGUGUUCUAGAGUCGUGCCCGGCCGCUAAAAAAGUUCUGGCAUUCUGGGGCCAUCAACAAGCGUCCCUAGAAAACGCCGUGAACCUUAUCUGUCGUGAACUUCCAUUAUACAGUAAGAGUAUCCGAUGUUUCGCUAAUGGCAACUCUCAGGUACAGCAAUGUAUCUCCAACACUGAAUCAAAGAUGAUGAACCUUGCUGAUAAACAAGUGACUAAAAAUCUAUCUCCAGACUCUUACUUCAGAGAUUUCUGCUCAAUCCGAGUGGAACAUCUUCGAUGUGACUUGAACGGAUGGAGUCAGACAUGUGACGAGGAUGUUGUGGGACUAAAAACGGAAUUCGAGUGCAAAUUGAUCCAAGAGCACUGCAAGAAUCUUCAAGUGGGCAACUUUAAGAACAUUUGUAAUGAGGGCACUUACAAAACAAGCACACGUGGUAGCGGCGGAAGUGGCAACAACGGCGGAAAUACUGGUUCCCAAAGCGGAAAUGGUGAUAAUGGCUGCUCUUCUACUUCCGGCUCACUAUUUGCUUUGCUCAGUAGUGUAAUAGCAACUGCCUUUUUCAUCAUGUUGUAAAUUAUUUGUUUGAAUAUCCAUUUUUAUACUGUUAUAUUUUGUCACAAGAAUAACUUCCUACACUGAAAAAAAAUCUAGAAAUUAUAUUCCAUAUUAAUAGAAUAAUCAAAUAAUAAAUAACUUUAUCUUUUAGCAUACUAACUUAUGAUGUUUAGUUAUAAAAUAUGAGUGAAUAUAUAUGAAGCAAAAUUCAGUGAUGAGUUAAAACGAAAAUAUUAUAAUAAUGAUUCAGUUGCCUUAAAAGACACCGCUAGCUAUUUCUUAUAGUAAUAUAUUUCAUCAGUUCUAGAUGCUAUACAACAAUGACCAGAAACGCAUUGUGAAGUUAAUUGAUAAUUAAGGAAGAUGUUAAUUAUAACGUUAUUAUUUGAUAUACUAUAUUUAAUUUAUAUCAAGAUACCGAGCUGGUCUCGGCUUGAUGAGUUGUUCUUAAUUUAAUUUAUCCAAAUUAUUUAUUCCUGUCUCUUACGUACUAUUAUAUAAUGUAUUAUAGCAGCAGCGUGCAGACCGUAAUUCUUCGUGAGUAAGAGUUGCCUGAGAAUAUUAAAAGUUAAUAUUUUAACCAGUCAAGAAUUUCUAUUUGGUUAUUUUUAGCAAAAUAAGUUUUAACUUUAAAAUGAGAGCGUAUGAUUGUUUUUAUCCUUGGAUAUAUGUAUAGAUUAUUAUUUCUUCCAACAAAUAUUUUAGAAAGUUAAAAAAAUUAUUUUAAAAAGUUUUUAUUUCCCAAAAACAGACUAGAUUGAAAUGAUUAAGAGUUUGAAAAAAAUCUGGAGCUUGUGUACACGCUCAUGGUGUAGGUCGAAUGAUAACCGACUUAUUUAGGUUGGAAGACGAACCGGAAGUGCAGAAAUGUAUACUUCCGGUUUUUGCCUAUUCCAGGAUAUUUCACGCUCAAAGUCCUAGCUAGUUGCAAUGUAAGGAACCAGUGAAAUCAUAUUUGUCUAUGAUUGAACUUAUGUUAAUAUAGUAAUUAUUUUUAAUUUGAAAUGAUAGAAAUACGCGGCUGUAUACUAGUAGUUUUUUAUGUCCAGUGUAUAUUGAAUAUGAAUAUAUUGAUAUCCCAGAUUAUACGUACUUUUAUGAUUAUUUCUCUAAUAAAAGUUUUAUAUACUGA